CCCCACUUCUUCGAAUUUUAACUACAAUACAAAGCGCUGCGCAGAGGAGAAUUUAAAAUAGAAAAAAGGUUUGGAGCGCGUAUUGUUGAUUCAUAUCUCAGCUGCGGCUUCAGUAGCUGAGAGACUGAGAGGAAGAUUGAAAGGAGCAAAGGGAUAGAAGUGGCCUAGCAUCUAACCUAAAUAUUGAACUCAACCAGGCCACGCAUCUGAGAAAAAUUUUAGUGGGAGAGGCAGAGAUGGAUCUGGGUUUUCUGAUUCACGCUCUAAUUCCGUCCUGGAACUCCGUUGCUUUGCUAGUGGGAUUCUUUGCUUACUUGGCGAUUGCUGGAGCCAUUGUGCCUGGAAAAGUUGUCCCUGGAGUGAUUUUGGCGGAUGGAACUCGUCUUCACUACCGCUGCAAUGGUUUGUUCUCGCUACUUCUGUUGGUUGCACUUCUUGGGAUCAGUGCCAAUAUGGGUUUCAUAUCGCUUACUGUUGUAUCUGAGGGAGGACUGGAGCUGCUGUCCGCAACUUUUAUCUUCAGUUUUCUUGUGACUCUGGUACUCUGUUUUGCUGGCUGCAAGUCACGCAGUAAAGAUUCAUCUCUCAAACCUCAUAUCAGUGGAGAUCUUAUUCAUGACUGGUGGUUUGGAAUACAGCUGAAUCCUCAUUUUAUGGGAAUUGACCUCAAGUUUUUCUUUGUUAGAGCUGGAAUGAUGGGGUGGCUUCUUAUCAAUUUAUCAGUUCUUGCAAAGAGUGUUCAAGAUGGUACCUUGGGCCAGCCGAUGAUCCUUUACCAAUUAUUUUGUGCGUUAUACAUUCUGGACUACUUUGUACAUGAGGAGUACAUGACAUCCACAUGGGACAUAAUUGCGGAGAGACUGGGAUUCAUGUUGGUCUUUGGAGAUCUAGUGUGGAUUCCUUUCACUUUCAGCAUACAGGGAUGGUGGCUUUUGUGGAACAAGGUGGAGCUACCAACCACUGCUGUUAUCGCAAAUUGCCUUUUCUUCCUGAUUGGAUACAUGGUAUUUCGAGGAGCUAACAAGCAAAAACAUGAUUUCAAAAAGAAUCCAAAGGCUCUAAUAUGGGGUAAGCCUCCAAAGGUCAUUGGAGGCAAGUUGCUUGCUUCUGGUUAUUGGGGCAUUGCUAGACACUGUAAUUACUUGGGGGAUCUGCUGCUGGCUCUCUCCUUUAGCUUACCCUGUGGUAUAAGUUCACCAAUUCCAUACUUCUAUCCAAUUUAUCUUCUAAUUCUGCUGAUCUGGAGAGAGAGAAGGGAUGAAGCUCGUUGUGCACAGAAGUAUAGAGAAAUAUGGGCACAAUACCGUCAACUUGUUCCAUGGAGGAUAUUGCCUUACGUAUACUAAGAACCUGGGCUUCAAUGUGUCGGCUAUAGGAGACCCCUGUCAGGAAUCUUAAGCUUCCAUGCUUUCUUGAUCACAUUUUGAUUGAAGAGAAAAUGGAUCUCUUGCGAGAGACUUGCCAUCGCAUAUUAUGUGGUGCUUUUUCAUCGAGAAGCGAGGGAAAUUAUCAAAUUGGUUGUUUUCGUUUAACCCUGAUCAGUAUGUCUUGAGAUUGAGCCAGGAAGAGCAGAACCGAGAGCUUGCAGCCUUAAUCUUGUUCUGCAUGAAUACGAACUUGGAGAAAUUCGAUGCUUGCAUUUACUUGUCCUGGAUCCAUUAUAAAAAGAGCGAACAUUGUUUUUA